GUUGGCAGUCAUUCAGCCCUGCAAAAAAAAAACAAAGCAUCAGGCCCCAGCAUGGCAGGAUAUCCCAGUGCCUGUUCUCUUCUGACUAUGCUUGAUGGGGAUUGUGCUGCCCAGGCCUCUGCCCCCGACUCCACUUUAGGAAAGGGCUAUAUUGUGCAUGAGAGGAUUGUAGGGGAAAUAGCGAUGAAGAGUCCCCGGGUAAGAGGGACAGGGGCCCAGGGCUUCCUGUCAUCAGUGGAGGAGCCUGGUUUGGGCAGCUGUGGCCCCUUUGACCUGCAUGGCUUUACCCAGAGUUCACUCUGUUUGCCACAAUGUAAAUGAGAUGCUAAUGACAUGUUAAGUGCCCGGGGCAGCAUCAGGUCUCUUUUGUGCACAGACUCUAGGGAAGGCAGUGGGGGUGGACAUCAGGCCUUAUUUGAGCCCAGCCCUGUGUGGCUGGGGACCUGAACCCCUAUGUUGGCUGUGCCUCACACCCGAAAGGAGUGAGGACCCUGGAGAUGUCUGAAGAUUGGCAGGAGUUCUACCCCAGGCCUCAUCUGAAUGGGCCUCAUCUUCCUAGUCACGUGGUGAUUGUUUCCACCCACCCUGCUUCCACCAGCAUUUCCCCUGGUACAGAUGUUCCCAGAUAGACUAGGAAGCCAUGUUAGCAGUCUUCUGUUGUAUUUUUAUUUCUUUGGUGAAACAUUUCUCAAUUGCAUUUUAAUCUGGUCCAGACUAUAUACUGGGGUUUGGGGAGGGUUUGACACCUCUGUUAUAGGGAACAGAGUGCUGAACUAGGAGUCAGAAAGACCUGAGUUCAAAUCCUGCCUCUGACUCUUAGUCACCAUUUGACUCUGGGUAAGUCAUUUAACCUCUGUCUGCUUUUGUUUUCUCAACUGUUAAAUGGGGAUAAUAUCUGUACCAUCUGCUUUCCAGUGUGGUUUUGAGGCUCAAAUGAGACAAUAUUUGAAAAAUGAGCCACUGCCUGGUCAGGGCUCAGGCUGCCUCAUCCUUCCCCUCUCUGGGUCCUGGUCAGCCUCUGGGCCUCCCGUGUGGCCCCACAGGUGGCCCUGUGCCAGCCUCUCUUCCUGACCCUUCUCUAGCUCUGGGUUUCCUGCUUGUCUUCAAGCCUGGCUGCCAGAUCCCUCAAUAUCAAACCUCUCCUGAUCCUGCCCUGCCAGGAGAGCCCCAGCCCACGGAGGUCCUAGAGAGCAGGGCUGGUGAAGGAGGGCCGCAUCCCUCACUUUCCCCAAGAGCCCCACAGAGUCAUGGCUUGGCUUGCUUGAGACUUGGGCUUAAGGGAGGCCGGUGCAUGGUCUGCGGCUCUUUGUCUCUUCCUGAGGACCCCCCUGUCGUGUGGCCGAUGUGAGCCAGCUCUGAGCUUGCCCUGGCCUCGGUUUGAGGCCUUUCUUCUCUGUAUGUCUGUCCUCGUCCUUCUCAGUGACUUCUGUGAAUGAGGCCUCUCGGGCCAGGCAGGGCAUCCCUCUUCCUGGUCACGUUCCUCUCGGGACAACUUAACAGCACAGACAGCACUCUCUGGGGGUGAAUCAGGCCGAGCUAGACCUCGUGCUCGUAUGCACGGGCACUCGCGACAUUUCAUGAUUCCAGCUGGUGAACCUCCCUGUCGAGGUUGCCCACAGUGUUUGCUCUCUCCCAGAAGCGGGGCGUCCAUCCGCGUUCAUGCCAUUCAUUGCUAACAGAACUAAGCAGUGCGUGGCCAAGGCUGGAUCACAGGACUUGACUGGAAAACCCCUUCCAAGGUGAUGUCAGACUUUAUCGACGGCUGAUUCCUGCUGUUCAGGGACUGCCCAGCCAUCUAAGGCACGCCAUCUUGCCCUCAGGCUCUUCUGGCCUCUUUUCCAAAAGAACACCAUGGAAGAGAAUCCAAGACGUGUCUUCUAUCCAGGGAGACGACACUGGAUUGUUCCCCUCAGUGAGUCCCCCGCCACCUGCAGCCUUCUUCUCCUGCCUGGAUCCUUCUGGAUGAAUCCCUGCAGAGCCCCGUCCUUCCCUGGAGAGGAAGCUGCUGACUCUGCUUUACAGUGUGUACCUCCCUGUACUCUGAAAACCUCACGCCUGUUCUUAGCAGAACCAUUGAAAUUCAGGGAUGUGGCUGUAGAAUUCACUCAGGAAGAAUGGGGCCAACUGAACUCUUCCCAGAAGAAUCUAUUCAGGGAUGUGAUGCUGGAGAACUACAAGAACUUUGUCUACCUUGGGCUUCCAGUUUCCAUGCCAGCAAUGAUCUUAUUGUUGGAACGUGGAGAGGCAUCAUGGAUGUCAGAGGAAGAGGCACCUGGAGGCAUUCUUUCAGAUUCUAUCAGUCAUGAAACUGUAUUUAAAACUAGGAACACAGCUCUCAAAAAAGGCAUUUUCAUGGGAACAUCAUCCAAACAAAGAAUGGCAAAGGCUGAUGGUAGCUGGAAUUCCAAUAUGGGAAAAAUGUGGAAACGUGAUAUAAUGUUAGAAAAUCAGAAGGACAACCAGGAGAGACAAUCCAAACAAGUAACAAUUGCUGUUAGAAAAACUUUUAAUGAGGCAAGUGUACUUGAAUAUAAUACAUUUGGGAGAAAUUUUCAUCUUGGGUCAAUCCUUGUUCCACAACAGAGAAUUUCUACAGUUAGGAGUCUUCACAAUUAUGAUAUCCUUGGGAAGAGCAUUAAGGAAUUUUCAGAUCUAAUUAAAUGUAACAAAACCAUCUUAGGGAAGAAUCUUUCUAAGCCUCUUGGUUACCACUCAGGUCUUAUUCAAUAUCAGAUGAUAAAUAAUAAAGACAAACCCUUUGAUUAUAGGGAAUAUGGGAAAGCUUUCAAUCAGAAUGUAAACCUUAAUAAAACAGUACAUACUGGAGAGAAACGCUUUGAAUGUAAUGAAUGUGGGAAAACCUUUAGCAACAAUUCAUGCCUUACUCUUCAUCAGAGAAUUCAUACUGGAGAAAAACCCUUUGAAUGUAAUGAAUGUGGUAAAGCAUUUAGCCAGAAAUCAAACCUUACUCUACAUAAGAGAAUUCAUACUGGAGAGAAACCCUUUGAGUGUAAUGAAUGUGGGAAAACCUUUAGUCAGAAAGGACACCUCAUUGAGCAUCAAAGGAUUCAUGCUGGAGAAAAACCUUAUAAAUGUAAUGACUGUGGGAAAACCUUCAGCCAGAGGGGAAAUCUUAAUGAACAUAAGAGAAUUCAUACUGGAGAAAAGCCCUUUGAAUGUAAUGAAUGUGGGAAAGCCUUCAGCCAGAGAGGGCACCUUACUGAGCAUCAAAUAAUGCAUGAUGGUGAUAAACCCUAUAAAUGUAAUGAAUGUGGAAAAGAGUUCAGCCAUAGAACAUCCUUUAUUUAUCAUCAGAGAAUUCAUACAGGAGAAAAGCCCUAUGAGUGUAAUGAAUGUGGGAAAACCUUUAGCAAGAACUCAAACCUAACUCUCCAUCAGAGAAUUCAUACUGGAGAGAAACCUUAUAAAUGUACUGAAUGUGGAAAAGCCUUCAGCCAGAGAGGGCAUUUUAAUGAACAUCAAAGAAUUCAUGCUGGAAAGAAACCCUAUAAAUGUAGUGAAUGUGGGAAGGCCUUCAGCAAAAACUCCAACCUUACUCUACAUCAGAGAAUUCAUACUGGUGAGAAACCCUAUGAAUGUAGUGAGUGUGGGAAAGCCUUCAGCAAAAAGGGUCACCUUACUGAACAUCAGAGGAUUCAUGCUGGAGAAAAACCCUACAAAUGUAAUGAAUGUGGAAGAGCCUUUAGCCACAAAACAACCUUUAUUAAUCAUCAGAGAAUUCAUACUGGAGAGAAACCCUAUGAAUGUAAUGAAUGUGGGAAAGCCUUCAGCCAGAGAGGAAACCUUACUGAACACAAGAGGAUACAUACUGGAGAGAAAUGCUUUGAGUGUAAUGAAUGUGGGAAAGCAUUCACUCAUGGAUCAUCUUUCAUUCAUCAUCAGAGACUUCAUAAUGGAGAGAAGCUACACAAAAGAAAUGAAUGUAGAAUGUAGUGGAAAGGUGGCUGAAUUUGGAGUCAGAAGAUGUGGAUUCAAAUUCUGAACUUGAUCUUAGCCAAAUGGCCAAAAAGCAAUUGGCUUCAAAUUUUGACUGCUACUUGCUAUCUGUGACAAUUGGGAAAACAUCAACCACUCUGGGCUUCCGUUUUUUUCAUCUGUAAAAAAAAAGCUUUGGUUUGUUGGGGUUUAAAAAAAUAAUUCCAACUAGAGGUGAUAUGGAUAAUCACUAAGAUUCAUUUCAGACAGUUAUCCAUGAUAGUAUUGGUGUGGGAAAAAACAAUGAGCUAAAAAAGGAAAUCUCAUUGAUGUAAUAAAUUUAGGAAAGAUUUCAGCCCAAGUUUAAUGUGUAAGAAGCAUCAAAUAAUUUAUACUACAAAUAAGCCCUAUCAAUGCAGUGACAAAGGGAAGAUUUUUUGAAGUGUAGGUCAUUUUUCAUCAGACACCUUAAAGAUUUUUAAUGAAAUCUUUUUAAUAGCUGGCUUACAGGGUUUUAAGGCUUGUCAUGCACUUUACAUACAUUAUUUCAUUUGAGCUUCAAAAUAAACCUGGGAGGCAGCUACUAUAGAUAUCUCCAUAUUACAAAUAAGGAAACUGAGACAGAUGAAAUGAUCUUCCCAUCACUGCAAAGCAAUGAGGGGGAAGAAUUUGAAUUCAAGUCUUCCCAACUCCAGGUUUAAUAUUCUCCACUACCAUUUGCUGCCUCCCCAAUAAACCCACUCAAAUAUUAUUUAACAGAAUAAAAUUCAGAAACUUCUCAUUGCAAAUAAAAGAUUUUAGAGAAAUGACCUAAAGUGACUUUCUUGCCUCAAGUUGGGUAAUGUUUUAAAAUGGAGGCUGCCUCUCUGAAUUUAGAUCUUUUUUUUUUUUUUUGGAACGUAAUCUGACAGUUCAGAUGAGCAGUUAUCUUUGACUCAUAGUGGCAUGAUUGGGGAUAUACCCAAAAUGUUAUCAAGGUUUUUCAUAGCAAGAUUAUUUAAAAAAAAAUAAACGGAAGCAACCUUAAGUCCAACAAUAGGGUCAUUGUAUUACAUUAAUGCGAUGGUAUUAAGCCAAAAUAUGAGCAAAAUAGAGAAAUCUGAAAGGAUCUUUAUGAAAUAAUUGAAACUAAAAAGAACCAGAAGAAUGGAGUACAAAGAAAUGGAUAAGUGAGACCUAAGGGAGACUUAGAGAAAGUUAUGACUGGAAAGUUAUGACAUUAUUUGCAUUGAAGUUCAUUUAUUUAAAUGUAAAUAGUUGCAAAGCAAGUUUAAUUGGUUGUAUUGAUGUCUGAUGUUGUUUAUAAGUCAUUUAAAGAAAUAAAGUAGGACUGGGCCCAUCUACAUGUUUGGCCUGGGUAGCAUGAUGUAGUGGGACGUGUACACUGUACUUGAAAUCAGGAGAACUGGGUUUGAAUCCCUGGGCUAUAACUUGGUACCUAUGUAACCCUGAACAGAUCAUCACCUCUCAAGAGCCCAAAUAAUUGUACUUGCACUUUUUUCUACUAUUAAAUGGGUUCAUUAAAA